CGGGGCUCAGCUGUCACCGAGGCCCGACCUUCCCCUGGGAGCUGAGUUUCGCGGUCGGUGGUGAAUCAGGCAGUGUUGGAGACACAGAUGAAUGAAGCGCGAAAUAAAUCUGUGCAUGUGAAUCGCAAUCGCGGCCCCUCGGACGGGUCGUCUCUUCUCGAAUCCGGAGACCUGAAAAGUUUAGGUUUGGGGAUCAUACACCCGGUGGUGCUCAGGCUUACCCCUGGUUCUGGGCUCCAAGAUUGUGAGUGGCGGACCAUGUGGAGUGCCAGGGAUCAAACCCGGGUCGGCCGCUUGCAAGACGAGCAUCUUACCCGCUAUACUGUCGCUCCGGCCCCAGAUCUCAAAAAAGUUUCAAGGUUUAUGCUCUCUUGAGUCUCUGGGGAAUGCAGAUCCAUUGACUACCUUUCCCUCCUUCCAAGCACGCCUUCCCCCCUCCAUAUAAGGAGAGGCAGCUGCGGGGGGCGUACCCCAGGGUCUAAAGAUAGCGACCCAUGUGUCCCUCUGGCUCUAACCAGCGGGCAGCGGGCAGCCAGCAGGAGGGGAGCCGCCAUGGCAAGGCAGCAUGCCCCCACCUUGUGGUAUGACCGCCCCAAGUACGUGUACAUGGAGUUUUGUGUCGAGGACAGCACCGAUGUCCAGGUGCUCAUUGAAGACCAUCGUAUCGUGUUCAGCUGCAAGAACGCGGAUGGAGUGGAGCUGUACAAUGAGAUUGAGUUCUAUGCCAAAGUCAACUGCAAGGACUCACAGGAUAAGCGCUCUGGCCGCUCCAUUCGGUGCUUUGUGAGGAAGUGGAAGGAGAAGGUGGCCUGGCCCCGGCUCACCAAGGAGGACAACAAGCCAGUGUGGUUGUCUGUGGACUUUGAUAACUGGAGAGACUGGGAGGGAGAUGAAGAGGCAGAGCUCGCUCAGGUGGAACAUUAUGCAGAGCUUUUGAACAAGGUCAGCACCAAGAAACCUCCCCCUGCCAUGGACGACCUGGAUGAUGAUUCUGACAGUGCAGGAGCAACAAGUAAUUAACUUCUGGUGGCUGCAGAGACAAGCUGGAGAGGACCCGGAGGAAGUCGCCUGUCCUCUAGUCACUCUGAAGCUCUGGUCUGGCUCCCUGCCAGCUCUUUGACUGUGCUCCAGGGUCCAGUGGGGCCGCAGAACUCAGAGAUGUGUGUGAAGGGCUCUCCUUCAUGAUGUGUUUGACUAUGGUUGCUGCGUAAGAGCAGCACACUGGGGGGCUGCGACUCCCUACAGAUUGGCCAUGGCCUUAGGGCCACUCAGGGCUCAAUUCCAUUUUUGGAGCCUCUAUAUGUGGUUAUGUAUACAAGACAACAGCCAAAGAAGCGGCACUUUGUCAAUAAAUGUCAAUAAAUCUCUAGGAACUGUCCUGUCUCUUUCUUCUUCCUCCUGGAGGCCAAACUUCCUUCUCUCUCAGAUUCCUGUUAAGGGGCAGGUGGGUGUCUGAGAUUCUGGCCCUCAAUUUUUUGUUUUUGGGUCACACUUGGUGAUGCUCAGGGGCUACUCCUGCUGUACUCAGGAAUCACACCUGCUGGGCUUGGGGGACAAUAUAAGAUGCUGGAGGAUGAACCUAGGUUGGCUAUGUGCAAGGAAAAUGCCUUACUCACUGUAUUAUGGAUCAUUUUUGAGGUUAGAAGAAGAAAAUGUUGGGAGCACGAGGCCUUCCCCAUGACAGAUCUUCACCCUGAUUUCUCAGCAGAAACCAGUGUUUUAUUUUCUGCCUAAUGCUGUGCUCCUUAGAACCAACCAGAAAUCUUCUUCAGCUUCUUGCACACUCCAGAAAUCUCUUGCUUGGGGGAUCAGAGUGAUAGUACAGCAGGUAGGGGGUUUGCCUGGAAUUUGGCCAAUCGAGGUUUGAUCCCUGGCAUCCAUAUGGUCCCCUGAACCCCCAGAACAUCACCGAGAGUGGCAAAAAACAAACGAAAAAAAGAAAUCUCUUACAUGUUUGUUCUGUUCUGUUCUGUUCUGCUGGUUCCCUUCGCCUAUGUCUGUAUACUCUUUUCAUCUGCGGCUCCAUUCAUUCUGUUUUUAGUGCCUAAUAUGUAGAAGAGUGAUGUAAAUACCAUGCCCAGACAUUGCUCUUGGCCUCACAGUAAACGAUUCGUUAAAAAU